AUGAGUGUAUUAGACAUUAAUAGAACUGGUAGAGUAGAACAUAUUCCAGUCUGUGGUAUUGAACUAUUGGUAUUCAAGGUUCGUGAAACUGAAACCAAGACAUGGUAUGGUCGUAAUUAUUAUGUGAAAACCAUUAUUAGAGUGUGUUGCUCCAACCACUUAAACAAUUCACAAAAUCUCAUUCCACAGGAAUAUAUUGGCAUAAUUUCUCCACAAAAGAAAAAUGGUAAAUAUGUUACUGAACUUAUUGGUGAGGAUAAACCUGGUGAUUAUGAUACUGUGAAAGCUCUACUGGAUUCAUUAUGUGUUGGUUGUUCCGCAGAGCUUGAGGAAACCAACACCAUUCAUACAGUGUCCCCACACACAUUACCUAAAUACCGACGAGCUUUGCAAAAUAAUAAGCUAAUUUGUGGUAAUGUCUGCAACAAAUGUUACUCAAAAUAUUGCAACUCAUUUAGGACAGAUGCUUCCUUUUUAAAGAAAAAGAAGUCUAAAAAAUAG